GACGUUGUAGACGCAAUAUAACAUGCAAUAUAGUCAUAAUCAUAAUUCACAGAAUUGUUUCGAUCCACAUAAUUUACUUUUCUGUUUCUUAAUUUUAUUGCGUGAUUUCAUUAAUAUAUAAAAAUGGCAUUACAUGUUCCAAAAGCUCCAGGAGUACCCCAGAUGCUGAAAGAUGGAGCACGAAUGUUCUCUGGUUUAGAGGAAGCUGUUUAUCGAAACAUAAAUGCUUGCAAACAGUUUGCACAAAGUGUUCGUUCUGCAUAUGGUCCCAAUGGCAUGAACAAAAUGAUUAUUAACCACAUUGAUAAGCAGUUUGUCACCAGUGAUGCUGGCACUAUUAUUAGGGAACUAGACGUUGAGCAUCCUGCUGCCAAAUUAAUGGUACUGGCUAGUCAAAUGCAAGAUGCCGAAGUUGGUGAUGGAACAAACUUUGUAAUUGUAUUAUCUGGAGCUCUUUUAGAAGCUGCUGAAGAGCUAUUACGUUUAGGUGUAACUACAAGUGAAAUAGCCGAAGGAUAUGAAAGAGCCCUUGAUAAAUGUCUGGAAAUAUUGCCUGGACUACUAUGUGAAGAAAUUAAGGACUACAAAAAUAUUUCAGCUGUAUCCAAGGGUAUCAAACCAUCAAUUAUGUCCAAGCAGUAUGGAUGUGAAGAUUUCAUUGCUGAACUUGUUGCCAAAGCUUGUAUUGCUAUUCUUCCAGAGAAAACUACAUUUAAUGUUGAUAAUGUCAGAGUUUGUAAGAUACUUGGAGCUGGACUUUUCCAAUCAGAAGUACUAACUGGAAUGGUGUUUAAGCGUGAAGUAGAAGGUGACAUCUCAUCUGUCAGUAAAGCCAAAGUCGCAAUAUACUCAUGUCCUGUAGAUAUCAACCAAACAGAGACAAAAGGAACGGUACUAAUCAAAACGGCUGAUGAACUUCUCAACUUCAGUAGAGGUGAAGAAUCACUUCUUGAAAAGCAAAUAAAAGAUAUUGCUGAUACUGGAGUUAAAGUCAUAGUUGCUGGUGCAAAGUUUGGUGAUAUGGCAUUACAUUUUCUGAACAAAUAUAACAUAAUGGCUGUUCGUCUUACCUCUAAAUUCGAACUUCGGCGCUUAGCUAAGACUGUAAAUGCUACAGUACUACCUCGACUCACUACUCCAACUGCUGAAGAGCAAGGCUAUUGUGACACUAUUAAAGUUGAGGAGGUUGGAGAUACACGUGUAGUAGUUUUCCGUAUGGAAACUUCAGAGUCUCGUAUAUCAACAAUUGUAAUUCGAGGAUCUACAGAUAACUAUAUGGAUGACAUUGAAAGGGCUAUUGAUGAUGGAGUCAAUACUUUCAAAGGCAUAGCAAGGGAUGGGCGAUUUGUAGCAGGCGCUGGUGCCACUGAGAUUGAAUUGGCCCAACAACUGCUUAAAUAUGCCGAUACACUUCCGGGUCUUGAACAGUAUGCCGUUCGAAAGUUCGCAAUUGCUCUAGAGAGUAUUCCACGUGCAUUAGCAGACAACUCAGGAGCUAAUGCUACUGAAGUGGUGAACAAUAUCUACAAAGCACAUACAGAGGGCAAUAAAUUUACUGGUUUUGAUAUAGAAUCUGAAACCAAUGGUGUUUGUGAUGCUAAAGGAAAAGGUAUUUUGGACUUGUAUGUUCUCAAAGACUGGGGCUUAAAAUAUGCAGUUGGUGCAGCCACAACCAUCCUCAAAGUGGAUCAAAUUAUCAUGGCGAAGAGAGCAGGUGGACCAAAACCAAAACAACCUGCUGGGAGUGAUGAUGAGGAAUCCUAAUGUAACCUUAAUUACUAAUUAUACAUUAUUUUCUUUAUCACCCUAUAUCACUAUUUAGCUAAAACGCUAUUUCAGUUAAUAAUUGUUUAAUUUAUAUAACAUAGUUUUGUAAGCAUUUGCUGCUAUCAAAUUUUAAAAACUGCUCAUACUUGAUUUUAAAAUAGUGAUAUGUAUUCACUUUUAAAAUACAUUUAUUAUUACAAGUUUAGAAUAUGUGGCUAAAAGUAAUAAAUAUUAAUUACUAUUA